AUGGCGUCGGCACGAGCGUUGAUCCUCACCGCGGUUCUCCUGGCCUGCCUGCUAGCAGGUCCCACGGACGGCUGGUUCCGCCGCCGCCGCCGUCGCCGCUGCCCGGCGCACACAUCUGCCCUUCCCGGCGCCAUCAACAAGUGUCCACUGCAACACGGCCGAGGACCGCGUGUGGCAGUUCGAGUGCAGGUCCGUUCGGGGCUUUCUUACUUCAACUGGCACUACUGGUCGCCCUGGAUCAACACCUUUGACCACUACAUGAACUACGCCUGUCCGUUCAACGGCGUCGUCACCGGCUUCCAGAGCGAGCAUUCCAACAGCCACGAGGAUCGCCGCUGGAAGGUGAGGUGCUCCGUCAAGUGGGGAAUGACAACCUACAACCACUACUCGUCCCUCUUUGUGAACAACUUGGACGGCAACAUGAACUACUACGUUCCCAGCGGCUUCUACAUCCGGGGGAUGCAUGGAUACCACGACAAUGGCAAAGAGGAUCGGCGCUAUUCGUUCCACCUGUGCAGGAUCAACCUGUAGCGAUCGGGCCUGGCGGUACAACAACACGGUCCUGGUCAGGGUUGGCCUGAGUAUCAUCCUCCGUAGU